AUGGAAGAGAUGCUAAAUAUGGGAGCUCGUGUUUUAGAUGGAGGAUGUGGGCCGGGCGCUUGGCUUCUUGAAAUGGCGACAAAUUAUCCAGACUCUCAUUUCUUUGGUGUUGAUAUCGAGUCAAACUAUCCGAGUCAAAUAAAACCCCGAAAUCUAAACUUUUAUCAGUGUGAUUUACUGCAACUAGAAAAACUAGGGUUCGAGGAAAACUCCUUUGAUAUGGUUCGAAUGAGCUUUAUGAGGUUUUCGCUGGGUGAAAAAAAUUAUGCAAAAAUUGUCGAGAAAAUGCUAAAGCUAUUAAAGCCAGGUGGGUAUUUUGAAAUUUCAGAAACGAACCCAGCUUUCCCUGAUAUUGGACCAAAUACAGCACGCUUAAUAAAAACAUUUUUAAUGAGUCAGAAUGCCGACCCCAACUUAAAUUUCGAAAAAAUAUUUCUCGCCACAGAGCAAUUAAUAAACAUUCAACAAAAUACAUGGGUAACAAAGCUUGGUCCAUCUGGUGGCUUCGCCGGAGAACUAUAUUUGAGCUUAUUGGAAGAAUUUUACAAUGAUUCGAUCGCAGAGUUGUUAAGCGCGCUAAUGGGCAUGACUCUGAAUGAAUACAAACAGUUUUGGCAGCAAUGUAAAACUGAGAUUAUUGAAUUGGAAACUAAAGUUCCGCUUGAAAAAAUUUGGGGACAGAAAAAUGACAUUUGA